AUGACCCAGCGUGCAAUUGCCCUGUGCCUGGCGCUCCUGGCGCUAGGUGUCACAGCGAACCCAACCACUCGGGCCGAACUGACGACAGGGCAGGAUGCUGAAGCAUUGUUGACUACCGCAUCAUCCGUCUCGUUCACGGACACCGCAACCGAUGUGCCGGCUGUCGAGAGUGAACCUGCGUCUCGGCAGCCUGCUGUCGAAGACAGUCCAACGGAAGUGUCAUCAUCACCGGCGUCAUCGUCGCCGUCGUCGUCAGGACCGCCAUCAUCGUCGUCCCUGUUAUCGUCGCCGGCAUCAGCAGACGUGCACGCAGACGAGCCGUCGCAAUCUACGGCAACGCCUUCAACGGUCGCGAAGGUGGCGUUAGACUCAUUUCCGUCACCAACACCAUCGGAAGCGCCGCUAAUGGUGUCGAGCACAAUUGUCUCUAGUGGUCAAACACCCGUCGGUGAGGAGGGAUCGCUUUCGGUGAGCACCACGGGCACGCUGGCACCGGAAGUUCUGGCACCAACCGAUGGUCUCACGGACGCACCUAAGCCACCGGAGGCCAUCACAAGCACGGAGUCUCCCGCGGGUUCACUCGAGAGUGAUGGUGAUGAUAAGAAGGCGGCUGGAGACCUCGAACCGGAGAGCGAAACACCGGUGAUUAGCUUCGGAAUCCGGCUGUUUACGGUUGAGGUGGCCACCGGAACGGAGCGCGCGAGUGAGGAACAAAUCGACCCGUCGAAUGGAACUCAGGUGCAAGAGAACGUCACCACCAGCAGAGACGUGGGUUUGAAUGCCGAAACACCGGCAGUCGUUGGUACGACCGUAGCUGCACCGGAAGCUACCGAAAAAGCGCGCAUUCCACAGGGUGCUGACGAGAGCAGUGCGUCACCGGUUACGAUCAACACGCAGGUGCAGCAUACGGGUGCCGGUGCGACUGGUGUUGCAUUCGAGAUCCCUGAGGACGCCCAGGAUGAAGCUUUUUCCAACGAAAUCCACGUCGAGCGGAACCUAAAGAAUGGGCUGUAUCGCAUAAAGAUUGCCGAAAUCACGACGGAUGAGUUCGACAACGGGUUGCGUGAGAAUGAUAACGAAAAUAUGCUGCUGACGGAUACGAUGGGUGUGCCUGGAAAUCGGCUGCAUAAAUCGGUGUACCCGAGCAAGAUAAACAUUGACGAUUUUUAUCCAUCCAAGCUGGAGGACUUUAAGCCGGAGUUAAGGGUGCCCCAGCAGUCCGCCGGUGUGGAGGAAAAACGUCUGCGAGAGAAGGCUAUCCUAAGAAAUGAGGACGGUGAGAAGCUGUUUGAGUCCACCAUCAUGAAGCCUUCGGAUGUUCUGCCAGUGUUGACGACGACGGAGCUGGAUGAGAAGUCGGCGCUUUUCCAGGAACAGUCGUUGGGUGAUGGCAUGGAGCGACCCUCGAGCGUUGGCACUGUGACAAGCGCCAGUAGUUCGACUGGUGGUAGCACCAGCAGUAGCAUCAGCACCAGCAGCAGUAGCAGUGCGCCUGUCAUCAACGGAACCGGUCAAGAUGGAGGUGACAUUUCCACCACAAAGAUAGAGAUCGAACUUAUCGAUGAUACGUCGGAGACGUCGGCCAGUGACGAACGCAGCAGCCGACCGACCAUCGACAACAUCACGGAAAAGCUGGAGGAAAACGAUGAGGUGAUCAGCAGAAUCGAGGAGAACUUUAAGGGUUUCCCUGCGUUCGAGGGUGCUGCUGGUGGUGAUGAUGAGGACGAGUACCGCGAUGUUGGCGACGGUCGCAAGGACGAUGAAGUAAUCACGAUUGCUAUCUCCUCGGUGACGUUUUCGUCCUCGCAGCAGGACUCCGCGCAAACAUCGCCACCACCGUCGUCGGUUUUGGCGUCCGCAUCUACGGUGGCUGGGUUGGAACAGCAGCAGACGACAGAUGAGGAGAUCGGCGAGCCGGUCAGUGGCAGUGAUAUCGUGAAGAACAGCUACAGCGACUUAUUCAUUCCGCGACGCGUUAAAAAGAAUGAUCCUUCGACGGCGACCAAGCUGGCCCAGCUCAGUAAGACGGCACCCUUGAAGAAGAUCGAUUUCGCCGCCACUAAGUUCAACACGGACAACAGUGGGCCUGGAGGUGUGCCUGAUCUGAGUGAUGGUGGCAAAAAGGACAAGCCUGAGUUCUCGACGACAAAGUUCUACAACAGCAAGGAGUUGUACAGCGAACUGCAUCAUCAGGUGGUAGUGACACCCAACAGAACCGCGGAUCGAUCCACGCAGGCCGUCGCAAAGUCCAAAGCAACUGCGGCCGUGUUGUCGGAGAAGGACAUCAUUACCGCGAAGACAAUGUCCAAACCAGCACAGGCCAUUCUAGCGGCUUCUUCAAGAAAAACACCCAAAACUCAGCCACCGCCAGCUGCCGUUGGUGCUGAAUCUGCAACAAAGGGUGAUCUAAAGCAGCACAUCCUGCAAACCAACUUCGUGUUGUCGGAGGAAACCAUUCCGAUCGGCAACGUAAAAACCAUAAAAUCCGGUGCCCCUUCAACAGCCUCCAACGAGGACGCGCAACAGCGAAAGAUAAAAUCCCUAGGAUCGGCCGCGUCGGCCAUUAUUGCGGCUACCGCGAAACUAGCCAAACCGGCCAGAAAUCCCGCAUCUUCAACGACGCCAACAACGACCACGUCCUCGUCAGUGAUGAUGUCCACGGUGUCGGCCGCGUCCUCGUCGGCUUCAGCUGCAGGCAACCACGACGGAUCGUCCCCAGAAGCCGUGCUAUCAACGUCACAUACGAAACCCGCCGUGGCGCUGUCGCGUUUACACGAGAAGAUCAAUACUCUAGAUUGCGAAAUUCAAAGUAUCGCACCCGAAUCGAGCGUCUGGCGAGGCAAUGAAACGCACGAACUUCCGCUUCCGGCGAUGACUCCUGAAGAUUGCUCGGCAGGCUCCAGCUGCACUCCGACCACCAUAUCAUGGGAGGGCACAGCAGACAUCCAGUCCGGUGACGUGCUCAUCGUAGAAAUCGACGAUCAUCAUUUGAUCCCCUCAAACUACAACAAAUCCUCUGAAGGCGCCCAUCACACGACCACCGCCGUUUAUCAGGUCACCCGGUUGGGACACGAGAACUGCGACGUCACCGAAGGCGUCCUGCUUGACAUCACGCCGCUCGUGGCCGACGGCAAGAAGCUGGUCACCCUUUACGACAAGGAUCUGACGGAGGGAAUUAAUCUACUAAUUGUCGUAUCGGAACAGUGGGGCCAGCAGUGCGUCCGCCUGAAGGUGACCGUAAAGUCGGAUAAUUGCGGCGAAAAUGCUGACUGCUCCGGAAAGGGUGUGUGCUACUCGAACAACUCGAUGGAGGGCUACGAAUGCCAGUGUUGUAGCGGUUUUGCCGGAACGCACUGUGAGGAAAUCGACGCCUGCAGCCCUUCGCCCUGCACCAACAACGGAAUCUGUGUCGAUUUGUCGCAAGGACACGAAGGCAACGCUUAUCAGUGUCUCUGCCCGUACGGGUACACCGGUAAAAACUGCCAAUUCGAGUCGGAUCCGUGCAAUCCAUCCCAAUGCCUGAACGGCGGUACCUGCGUUGGAAAUUCCACCCAUUUCAGAUGUGACUGCACCUCGGGCUACACCGGGCCGCUCUGUCAGCACAAUUUGAACGAGUGCGAAUCGUCACCCUGUGUGCACGGUAUCUGCGUCGAUCAGGAGGACGGAUUUCGAUGCUUCUGCCAACCGGGCUUCUCGGGCGAGCUGUGCAACUUCGAGUACAACGAAUGUGAAUCUAAUCCAUGCAUCAAUGGCGGCCAAUGCAUCGACAAUAUCGGCGGGUUCUCGUGCAAGUGCACCCGAGGCUACACCGGCAAACGAUGCCACAUUAAGGUCGAUUUUUGCGCCAAUGAUCCCUGUCCAGAUGGCCAUCGGUGCAUCGACCACGGUGACGAUUUUACCUGCGAAUGUCCUGGCGGGCGUAACGGACCGGAUUGCAAUCAAGUUCCGAGAACGCUGUGUAACGUGAACCCUUGCGCCAACGGUGGCACCUGCUGGACGACGGAAGAGUCCUUUUACUGUGCCUGCCGACCAGGAUUCACCGGCAAGAUGUGCGAAGAAAACUUCGUCAUCGAUACAAUGGUGAGCUCGAGCGAGAUACUGUCGGAUACGCUGGCCAACCAGAACGGGCUGCGCGCCAUUAGCGGAAGCACGAUGUACGGGGACGAUGGCGUUGUGGCGCACACCGGCAAACACAACAGUGCGAUCGAGCUACACAAUGCGUACAUUGCGGCCGGUACGCUGGCCACCGCCAUUUUGAUAGUGGCCAUCGUGGUAACCGCAUGUCACUGCAAGGUGCACCAGAGCUACCGACAUUUUGCCACCAAGCAUCGUCAACUCAUUCCCAUUUUCGGGCGCCGUUCGAAACCCGCCAGCAACAACCGCCACUGGCUCAGCGGCAAAGGCCAUCAGCAGCAGCAGCAGCAGCAACAACAGCAACACCAUCACCACCACCAUCACCACCAGAGCCACACGAAUCCGAACUACAACUACGCGCAUCAGCUACCCAACUCGUACGCCGGCCUGCAACCGGAAAGGAUAAUCAACAAACCGCUGCCGAUGAAUUUGGAGAACGACAUGUACUACACGGUGGACUUUGGCGACUCGCAGAACGCCCCGUUGAUACAGUAAUGGGUUUGGUGAGUUCCCCAAGGACCGGUGUGUGUGUGUGGUGUUGUGCGGUCACGAGCCAGUUGCGAGCGAGUAUUCGGGGGGUAAGUGUUGCGAUGUUGCGACGAAAGCGAGUGAAGGCCGAUGCUGGCGCCAAGAAGCAACGAGAUGACACGCUGUCCUUUCACCCACACUCACUCACACACACACACAUCCACACCCACGAAAUGCAAUGGCAGGACAUGCGCUCAGCUCAGUCAUGGCUGCCGGACGACAACGCCACAUCUCUUCAGUUGAAGCUGUGUAAGUAUGGGAGAAGCGGUUGUCAUCAAGAAAUUGAUACUUUAUUUGGUCAGUUCCUCGUUAUUUUCGGCUCGCGUUGUACAGCGCGUUGUGCGAUUGUUUUCAUUCCAUUUCCACCCACAUUGUACCGGUCGCUGUUAGAAAAGGUGGGAAGGGAUAGUAGAUGGGGCAAAAAGUGUGCUAAACAAAUGCCGGUACGUUGGUUGAAGUUGGUGCAUGCAUGCAAGGAUGAAAUUGAAGAGAUGAAGAGAGACUCCCUCCAUAAACAAAAUAUAAAAUAAAAAAAAACAAUCCCCGCCCGCAUGUAAGGAAGAGCCUUUGCAACGAGAAACAUGCAAGCAUAACUAGUGUAACGGAAACUAAAAGCGUAAAUGUAAAUUUGUGCAACAUUCUUCACCGUUCGUAUGGCAUCCGUGCUCCACCGUUCCAGUAUUGUAAUGCGUCCAGUGGUAUUAGCGUCCUGAAGCGUUGUAAGCUCGGACAGUUGAAGUAACUCACCUGAAGUUGGUUGGCGUAUGAGCCUCACUUCUUCCCUUAUUGUGCCAUUGAACAGAGAUUAAUGGAUUUUUGGAUCAGCCGGCACUCAAAAAGUGCUUGCAUGAUUCGAUUGACCAUCGCUAGAAAAGGGGUUCGGAAAUUGAAGAUCACAAUCGCUGGCUCAAUCCUUGCGAACAGGAAGGAAGCAAAUAGUAAAAGAAAAUGAGAUCACACUGAGCUGAGCAACGAGUGCAGAAAAGAUCUAAAUUUGCGAUAAGCAUCGGCACGUUACGCCGGGGUAGAAUACGUCCAGGAAAGUUCCGACAAACGGCUCUCAAACGUUUUGCCACUCGUCAGUUUGUUCUUGGAAAUCUUUGUAACACACAGAGAAAACUUCAUUCUUCUUCGCUUUUUCGAAGACUUCCAGUUGACACCGAUCCUGUUACUCUCGCUGGUUCGAUUAAACCCAACAAAAGCUAAUCUUUUCGUUGGGCGUUUUGUUUGAGGAGUUUGUUUAGGAACACUUG